CCGCCUGUCAAUUCUCCGCGGCUCAAUCCCCCAAUUCCCACCUCACCGCGGGGUGUCAAAGAGCCCACGAGACAUCGAAAACUAUCAUCGCAUUCUCCACACACACCGACCAGAUACUCUUCAGCUCAGCUGCCCGCAACUCAAGUAAAACCUACCGCCUCAUCCUACCUGGCGCGCGCACCAAUCCUCGAACCCAGCCCAAUCCUCACUCGUCGCGCGCAUCAUCUACGCACCCCGCCCAAAUCCAGCUCCCACCAAUCGAACAACCCCCCUUCCAAAAAACAUCCAAAAUGUCAUCCCACUACAACACCGAACCCCCCGCAACAGCCACCGCAACACUUCACACAACCCUCGGCCCAAUCCACCUCAGCCUCUUCGGCGCACAGACGCCACUCACCACGCGCAACUUCCUCCAACACGUCGCGGACAACUACUACACAGGCACGAUCUUCCACCGGGUGGUCCCGGGCUUCGUGGUGCAGGGCGGCGAUCCGACAGGCACCGGGGCCGGCGGGACCUCGAUCUACGAGGAGCCAGAGUUCGAGACGGACCCGGAGGCGCGCGACCCCACGGAGAAGAUCGUGCUGCGCGAUGAGCUGCACAGCCGGUUGCGGUUCAACCGGCGCGGGCUGGUGGGGAUGGCCAAGAGCGAGGACGGGACGUACGGCAGCCAGUUCUUCAUCACGUUGGCGAACACGGAGCGCGAGCUGAACGGGCAGUGUACGUUGUUCGGGCGUGUCGAGGGGGAUAGUAUCUUUACCGUGCUUAAGAUUGCGGAGGCGGAGUUGGUGGAGGGGACGGAACGGCCGGUGUAUCCGGUCAAGGUGACGGGGUGUGAGGUUGGGGAGUUGGGCAAAUUCGAGGGGAAGGUGGUGUUGAAUCGACGGGUUGUUGCUGCUGCUGCUGCGCAGGGGGCAGGGGAGGGAAAGAAAGGUGCGACGACUAAGAAGAAGAGCAAGAAGCCGAAGAAGACGCUGUUGAGUUUUGCGGGUGGAGAUGGGGAGGAUGAGAAUGGUGAGGAGGGGGAUGAGGAGAUACCGGUUCGACCAGCGAAGCCUAAGUAUAACGCUGCUCUCGUGACGGAUGCUGCACCUACGAAGAAACAUGAGCGAGAGGAACCGUCCCCACCACCACGCAGCAAACGACCCUCAACAACAACAACGACCGCACCACAACGAGCAGAAACCACCGUCCACAAAACCCCAGACCCGUCCACACAACUCCCCCUCCGCGACCCCGAAUCCCCCCUCCGCACCCCAUCCUCCCCAGAACCAGUCGCACAGCCCGCAAAGUCCCGACUGGACCGCACCAACGCCGAGAUCGAGUCCGUCAUGGCCUCGAUGCGCCGCACCACCGCAGCCCCAAUGGAAACCUCCUCCAAGAAAUCCGCUCUAGAAGCCAUGAUUCCCUCCACCGCCAUCCGGGGCCGCCGCCGCCCUGCUGCCACCACCACCACCACCACCACCACCGGCAGCAACGGAAUCAACGGCUUCACCAGCUCCGCCGACGCCCAGGCCCUGAAAAUGUUCAACGCGUUCAAAGCCAAGCUCGAGAACGCCGACUCGGCCCCUACCACCAAUGCCACCAUCAAGACCGCCAAAACUACUGCAACAACCACAGCCCCACCCCCCGCGGAAGAAGACGACGAAGAAGCCCAACUCUGCGACCUCCACUUCAUCGCCAACUGCCAAUCAUGCCAGUCCUGGGACGAGCCACCCUCCGGCGAGAACGCAGACAACGCCUCGAACCCUGCGGAUGCCGCCGAUGAUGAUCGCGGGUGGUUGACGCAUCAGCUGCAGUUCAAGAAAGACACCCUGGGCAAGGAUCUGAAUUGGAAGAAGGCGCACCCGGACGAUGUGGAUUCGUUGAUGGUGAUCGAUCCUCGCGAGAAGGAGCGGGAGAUUGCCGCGGGCAAGGCGUCUUCGUCGGGCAAGAGGCGCGGAUUGGAGCGGGAUCGCGAGCGCGAGCGGAAGCGCGGAAGGGUGGGGGAUUUGGAGUGGGAGAGGGAGAGGGAGAGGAGG